AUGCCAGACUAUACACCGGAACAGCUAGCAAACAGAGCAAAGAAUGCAUCCCUACUCCGCUACGUCGACUCGAUCCGCCUCCACGGUCACCGCGCCGCCCUCGUCGACCCGCUCGACAAGUUACAGCGUGAACCCGUCUCAGCACUCGACCCAGCGCGCUAUGGUCUACGCUCCUCAGACGCGCCGUAUGAUAUCAACGGCAUUAUCUGGUACGACGGUCACUCGCCCAGCUUGGACACGUCCACGACCUCGCCAGUUUCUUCGGAUCUUAAAUGGACCCUCGACGACAUUACAAACCAUCUCAGAGACGUCUAUGUCGGGUCUAUUGGCUACGAGUUCAUGCACUCGCCGUCAAAAGCGGAGCGAUUGUGGUUUGCGCAUCUGCUCGAGUCCGAGGACGCAAAGGCGCGUGCACAAAAGCAUUCCAAAGAGGACAAGAGGCGCAUUUGGGAGACGUUGGUCAAGAGCGAGACUAUGGACUUGUUCCUCCAGGACAAGUUUCCAAAUCUCAAACGUUAUGGACUUGAAGGCGCAGAGAGCAUGAUUCCGGCUCUGGAUGCCCUCUUCAGGACUGCCUCUCUUGCGGGCGUCGAGCAUAUUCUGAUCGGCAUGCCGCAUCGCGGCCGUCUCAAUCUUCUCACAGAUCUCCUCAAGUUUAAACCAAGAGCAUUAUUCCAUAAGAUUAAGGGGAAUAGAGAACUCCCUGAAUGGCUUGGUGCUACCGGAGACGUUAUUAGCCAUCUAGCAAUCACAUCUCAAAUAGAUACUGGACAUGGCGAAUUGACCGUGCAACUUCUUCAGAAUCCCUCUCAUCUGGAGGCGAUCAAUCCUGUUGUUCUUGGCAAGACGCGCGGAAAGCAAUACUCUCUCCUCCACACUUCGGAUUCGUCCUGCAUGCUCGGAGAUAAAGUCAUGUGUGUGCAGUUGCACGGCGACGCAGCGUUCACCGGACAAGGAGUCGUCAUGGAGUCUCUUGGUCUCAGUAACCUUCCUCAUUACACAAGUGGCGGUAGCGUUCAUUUGGUUGUAAACAACAAUAUUGGAUACACGACGCCGGGAACAAUCUCCCGCUCCUCGCUUUACUGCUCGGACAUUGGCAAGAUGAUCAACGCACCCGUCCUCCACGUCAAUGGUGAUUUCCCCGAAGAAGUCGCUCGAGCGAUGGAGAUUGCAUUCAAGUAUCGCAAUUUCUUCCGCAAGGAUAUCAUUGUCGACCUUAUCACCUAUCGUCGCUGGGGACAUAACGAACUCGACGAGCCAAGCUUUACACAACCUCUCAUGUAUCAAGAGAUCAGGCAGCGUGCUAGCGUUCCUAAGCGUUACGAGCAAAAGCUAAUCGAAUCCGGAAUCAUCAACGAAACUGUCGCCAAUACAUUCCGAAAGGAUUGCGUUGCAUACCUCCAAUCCGAACUGGAGCAGAGCACAUCCUAUAAGCCAACCUCUGAAUGGGAUCCAGGUCAGGAGAAGAGCGUUGCGCGGGGCAAGUGGAACGAUAUGGUUUGGCCCGCGAGUAGUGCUGCAAACUACCAUCCGGAAACCGGGGUCAACAAGGAUACGUUGAUGAAAGUUGGGAGGGCGAGUGUAAAGACAACCGAUGGCUUCACGAUGCAUGAUCGACUCAAGCGCCAUAUCGAUGCACGCUUGAAGAGCCUUGAGAUUAAGACUGGUAUUAAUUGGGCUACGGCAGAGGCGCUCGCUUUUGGAUCUUUGAUGACCGAGGGAUAUGAUGUACGGAUCUCUGGUCAAGAUGUCGGUCGAGGCACAUUUAGUCAUCGACAUGCGAUGCUCGUCGAUCAAAAGACGGAGGAGGUCAUUGUACCGCUUAACGAAUUCCUAUCUGGAGGGCGUCUUGAGUUGGCGAAUAGCUCCUUGAGUGAAUUCGCGGUACUAGGUUUUGAGUACGGCAUGAGCUGGGACUCGCCCAACCUUCUCCCCAUCUGGGAAGCACAGUUUGGUGACUUUUUCAACGGCGCACAGGCAUGUGAUUAUCGACACGUUCAUCUCGUCGUCGCAAAGUCAUUAGCGAAGUGGGCGAUGCAAUCAGGUCUAGUCAUGCUCCUUCCCCAUGGCUUGGAUGGAGCUGGCCCCGAACACUCGUCCAUGAGGAUUGAGAGGAUGCUUCAGUUGACCAAUGACCCCUUCUACGACAACAAGGGUGUCAAUGUGAACAUGACGGUAGCGAAUCCGACAUCAGCAGCUCAAUACUUCCACUUGCUCAGGCGACAAAUGAAGCGAAACUUCCGGAAGCCGCUCAUCGUCGCCUCUCCAAAGAGCCUACUACGAUCGCCGGCCGCAUCCUCGAAUCUGUCCGACUUCCUCCCCGGAACGGCCUUUCAACCUGUGAUUCCAGACGUCGAGGUCUCACCAUCAAACACACAGCGCAUCCUUAUCGUGUCUGGUAAACUCUACCACGACCUCGUGAAAGAACGGGCAGCCCGCGGGCUUGACGAGACUGUCGCCAUUCUUCGUGUUGAAGAACUAUGCCCGUUCCCAUUCACCGCUAUAAGGGAUACCCUAUCGCCCUAUAUAGAGGAGGGCGGCGAAUUAGAAGUUCUGUGGGUACAAGAGGAAUCGCAGAACCAAGGGGCAUGGCCGCAUGUCAUGCCGCGUCUCCAGAGAGUCCUUCGGGACAUGGGAUACACAAGGGAGGUAUCCUAUGUCGGACGAGAGCCCAGCGAGGUUCCCGCCGUUGGAGUGCCAAAGGUCCAUGCGCAAGAAGUUGCACGGCUCUUCAAGGGCGCAUUCGAGGCCUAG